AUGACAAGAGUUUUAUUCGGAAAGAGAGCAGUAAAGAAAGAGAAAAGAGACUCAGACGAAAUAGUAUACACAAUAGGAACGCACGUCCUAGGGGCCUUCUACAUAGAAAAAGAAGACACCAUCCAGUUCAAACUCCCCAAUGGAAAGCUGGGAAUAGUCUCCAAGAAGGGAGUUGUAAACGACAUGGAAACAGACGAUUAUGCAAUAGCCAAGAGACUGGUCAAGAGCUUCCAAAAAGACCUAUACAUUGAGCUGUUGAUCCUUGGCCCAAGAACAGGAGACUACGAGUGCACAUUCUUCACACAAAAGAGCAUAAAAGUAAACUCGAUCGUAACGGGAGUGAUAGAGGGAUCGGAGGAAGUUGGGUACGCAGUGGCGCUCGGAGUCCCAGGAAAGACAGCGCUUCUAAAGACAGAUGCAGUGUACACUGAAGGCACCCUUGGAGUCUUCCAGGUAAGCGCGGUAACUCCAUCCACCUUUCUACUACACGAUAAAAUAGACAGAGAAAUAUACCUAGGCGAUAAAGAUGAAGUGUCUCCAGGCGUUUUUGUAAGAACAACAAUAACAGGACGGCCUAAAUACAUCCUUGGGCAACUGCGCCCUAAGUACACGAGCAUGUUUUACUCCUACACGGCACAGGGUCUUUCCCUGGGAGAGCUCAUCGUAGAGAGCAAAAAGGAAAUGGAGGAAGAAGACCAGCAGGUGUCAAUCAUUCUCUACGUAUCAGAAGACAAGACCACAGUGCACGCCGUGCCAUACGAAGAGUACACACAGGAAAUACACAAAAAGCUACCUGAUCCAUCGAUGAUAGGAGUGAUUACAACGGGAGAGAUAGUGAGCAUAAAAGAAAGGGGAUAUGCAUCCGUACGACUAGAAGAAGGCAUACUCGCUGUGCUUUAUCAAGAGCACUACUCAGACAUAUCCAGACGAGGAUCUGCUGCCCCAUUUAGGGAAGGAGACACAAUAACCGUUAGAGUGUUCGAUGUAAGGGGAUACUCUGUUACAGUAACGGCUAAAGAGUCGCUAAUACGCGCAGAAAAUGCUGCAGUCCCACUCGUUCCCGGAACAGAGGCUGUUGUAUUUGUCAGACAGGCGACUGAUGCAGUUCUUAAAUGCUCUACAUUCGGAAGACAGACAGUGCACCUCCAGAGAGCCAAGGACAUGGACGCAGAGGUGGGAGCAGUCCAUCGGGUGUACAUCACUAAGCCAGGCAGAACCGAGGGAAUAUUCUAUGCAUCGCUCGCACUGGAAGAAAAACAAAAUCUGCAAAAAAGAGAAGAAAAAGAAAAAGAGAGAAGAGAGCUCACAGCUGAUGAAAAAGAAAGAGCAGGAGAAACAAGAGCAGAAAGAAGAAUAGAGGCAGUGAAGAAGUACAAGAACGGACAGAUUGUCUCCACGAAUAUAUCCCGUGUCUACCAGUACGGGGCAUUCGCUGAUCUGGAUAGGUACGCAGUGGCUAGAAUAAAGAUAGGAGAGAUAAGCAGCAGAUACGUGGAAGACUGGGCAACCCUUGUCCAUCCCGGGCAGAAGGUGAAUAUCGUCCUGUACGAUAUAGACUACGAAGCAGGCCUUAUCGAGGGAUCCAUUAAAAAGUUUGAAGUGCUAAACGCCUUUGAAGGAGCACCCGCAGAAGAGACACAGGAAAAGAGAGAAAGCGCACACGCAGAGCCUGUGGCAUACGCAGUUGAUGCGCCAGAAGAAAACUCAGAGGACGAAGAGAGCGACAGCACAAUUAACGAUGAAAAUAUGCAGAUGGAGCUGUUUAACAGCAAAGACGGCGUGGAGCCGUGGACUAAGCGCAUGCAGAACGCAUCCCCUGCGCUGCUGCUAAAGCUGUUCAGACAGGCAAUGGGAUACCUUCAGUCGCCAGACGCGAAGAUGCGCAUAUGCAUAGAGUAUGCUACCUCCCUGGGAGAUGUCCAGGCAGAGAGAAUCGAGCCCGAGUGGAUCGAGCCCAUUGAAGAGGGAAUCAGAAGAGACGGCAGCAUAUUCCUCAAGAAAGUAGCAGAUGCCACAAGAACAGCCAAGAACAGAGCGCUAUUUAGGAUGGUGUGUCUUCGGUUCAUAGAUGAAAAGAGAGACUCGCCCUUUGGCUACAGAGAGCUGAUCCAUGCAGCGCACAAGGCAAACAGCGUGGAGGAGCUUAGAGAAGUCUCAGAGCUCAUGAACAAGUCGGAGAUGAAGACAGCAGACAGAAAGUCUGUGGAAAUGGCGCACAUUGAGGCGCUUUACCACGUGUCUAAGAACGAAGGAAGAACUGCGGUUGAGAAACAGCUGAGCAAGAUGGAGAACAGAAGCAGAGAAGACUGGGUUAUGAAGUACAUUGCGCUGGAGACAGGAAGCAUUGCAAAGAACGCAGACAUAAUCUACACCAGGAAUAUUUUCAACAGAUCGGUGGCAGACGAGAACAUAUCUGAGAGCGCAGUGAAGAGCAUAUUCAAGAUGUACCUGAAGUUCGAAAAAGAGUACGGCACAAAAGACAAAGAGGAAGCAGUCCUGGAGAAAGCCAAGGAGUACGUAGCAGCAACAUCAAAAUAA